AUGUCCCUCGUAUCUGGUCCGGGCAGGGCCACAGGCACCGCGUCAGACCAGAGCUUGCACACCCUCAAGCAUGUGGAUUACAUCAAAAACCUAGACACUCGGAAAGAUGAGUUGGAAUACUGGCUUACCGAGCACUUGCGGCUCAACGGUGUCUACUGGGGUUUGACAGCCCUGCACCUUCUGGGCCAUCCCGAUGCUCUAUCCCGAGAUGAAACCAUUGACUUUGUGCUCUCUUGCCAAAGAGAGAACGGUGGUUUUGGUGCUGCGCCUGGCCAUGAUGCUCAUAUGCUCUACACUGUAUCUGCAGUCCAGAUCCUGGCUACCGUAGAUGCGGUGGACGAGUUGGAGAAAAGAGGCCGCGGAGGCAAGCAAAAGGUCGGAGCCUUCAUUGCAAGCUUGCAGAACCGAGAAGAUGGCUCCUUCAUGGGAGAUCAAUGGGGCGAGACCGACACUCGGUUCCUAUAUGGUGCUCUCAAUGCACUGUCACUCCUGGGUCUCCUGGACCUGCUCGACGUCCCCAAAGCAGUCACUUAUGUCCAAAGCUGUGAAAACUUCGACGGGGCCUAUGGCAUCUGCCCCGGUGCCGAGUCUCAUGCAGGCCAAGUGUUCACGUGUGUCGGGGCUCUGACCAUUGCCGGACGCCUGGACCUGGUCAACAAGGACCGUCUGGGAGCCUGGCUCAGCGAGCGUCAAGUUGACAAUGGCGGCUUCAACGGUCGUCCAGAGAAACUGGUCGAUGCAUGCUACACGUGGUGGGUUGGCUCGGCUCUGGCCAUGAUAGAUCGACUUCACUGGAUUGAUGGCAAGAAGCUCGCCGCCUUUGUUCUGCAGUGCCAGGAUCCAGAAGCUGGUGGUUUUGCAGACCGUCCGGGGAACAUGGUUGAUGUGUACCAUACCCACUUCGGUAUUGCAGGCUUGAGCCUUCUGGGGUUUGAGGGACUGCAAGAAGUAGAUCCUGUCUAUUGUAUGCCCAAGUCUGUGAUAGCUCGCUGUCUUGGAAAGUAA